AUGGUCUCCAGGUUGAUGAAUUGUGCCUUGCAAUCCGCCACGGCGUUAGACGAGCACUCGAUAGCGGCAGCAAUGCUACCACUCGCCACGGCUUACUGCAGGAAGCUCUGCACCGGCGUCAUUCAGUACGCAUAUAUGUGCAUACAGGAGCAUCAAGUGUGGACAAGUCAGCAGUUUUGGGAGGCUGCGUUUUAUCAGGAUGUGCAGAGGGAUAUUAAAGCUUUAUACUUACCGAGUCCCACUCAUCAUGCAAGGGUACCAAGUCCAAGGGAGGACGAAGAAUACAUAUCAUUGUUAAAGGCGCAAGAGCCGAGUGCAUUAGAAAUAGCAGCAGAGCAGAUGCGGCUGUGGCCCACAUUACCACAAGAAAAACAACGGGAAAUUAUAGCGAGCGAGGAAUCGACACUCUACAGCCAGGCCAUCCACUAUGCAAAUCGAAUGGUGUACCUAUUACUGCCACUAGAGGGCGCUGGGAGAAGAGCGGAUGCGAGAGGGGACGACGCAGACAGAGCUAGUAACAGUAUUACGAAUAGUGUAGCAGAAUCAGAUAGUGCGGAUGCAGAGUCUGGUUUUGAAGAGGCGGACCCCGGCGAGGCUGGAAACAAUGUCAUCAAGAUGGUCUCCAGAUUCGUUGACAAGGUUUGCACCGAAGGUGGAGUGACAGCGGAACACGUACGAUGCCUGCAUCAAAUGAUCCCUGGAGUGGUACACAUGCAUUUGGAGACGCUAGAUGCGGUUGCCAGGGAAAGCAGACGCUUGCCGCCCGUUCAAAAGGCGCGCAUCGUGGCGCCGGCGAUGGUGGCGGGCGAGGCGGGCGCGGCGCCGGCCCUGCGCGCCGUGCUGGUGGCCGACGGCCGCUCGUCGCCGCUGCUGCCGGCGGAGGGCGCGCUCUUCCUCACCAACUACCGGCUCGUCUUCAAGGGCACGCCCAUCGACCCCUUCGCAUGCGAACAGACGGUUGUCCGUUCGUUUCCGCUAUGCGCGCUGACCAGGGAGAAGGCGGUGAGGGCGCACGGGCCCCAGCUGGAGCCCCUCUCCGACGGGCUGCAACUGCGCGCCGCAACAUUCCAACUGAUCAAGGUGGUGCUGGACGAGGAGGUGAGCGGCGAGCAGGCGGAGGCGUUCCGCAAGCAGGUGGCGCGGCUGCGGCACCCGCCCUCCGCCGCGCAUCACUUCGCGCUCGCGCCGCGCCCCGCCCCGCCGCCCGCGCUCCACGCCGCCAAGCACCACACGCUCAAGGGCUUCGCGAAGAAGACGCUGCUGAAGACGGCGCGCCGCGCCGGCCUGAAGCCGAAGCCGUCCAAGCGGCAGAAGUACGUGCUGCCGUCGGCCGACGCGCGCUCGCUCACCUCCCCGCCGCUCAUGUCCUCGCUCUCCGCGGACACGCUGUCGUGUGAGUUGGAGGAGCUGGAGCUGGGCGCGGCGGAGGGGGCGGAGGCGCCCGCGGCGCGCACUUUGGAGCGCGUGCGCGAGCGGCCGUACGCGCGCGACUGGGCGCGCCUCGGCCUGGCCGCCGCCCCCUUCCGGCUCACGCACGCCAACGCCGUCUACACGCUGUGCCGCAGCUAUCCCGGUGUGCUGGCGGUUCCAGCGUCCGUGGGCGACGAGUCAUUGCGCAGAGUGGCCCGCUGCUACCGCCAGGGUCGGCUGCCAGUCCUCACGUGGAGGCACCCCCGCACUCACGCACUCCUCGCCAGAUCAGGUGCAUCGCACCAUAAAGGCGUUAUGGGAAUGCUGAAGGGAUCCAGCCAUCAGACGCCUGGAACCACGCAAAGUGGCACGGAGCCCACCUCUAGUUUAGAACAGGAGCGGUACCUUGCCGCGUUGAUAGCGUGCACCCCGUACGGGCGCGGCGAGCUGGAGGAGGCCUCCUUGAGCCUGGAGUCUCUCCUUCUGCCCGACGAGCCCCACCACACGCCGCUGCUCAGCAAAGCGGCCGGCACCCUGGGGGCGCUGGGGCGCAGCAGCGGCGGCAAGGGCGGCGCCUCCGGCCCAGCGGCGCGCCACUUCGGGCGCUGGGGCUCCCUGAAGGAGCGCCGCCAGCCCUCGCACCUGGAGCUCUACGCGCCGCGCCAGCGCCUCUCCACCGCCGACCUGGACUCGGUGUGCGGCGAGGGCGGGGGCGGCAGCGUGGGCGGCGGCGGCGGGGGCGCGCGGCGCGCGGCGCUGUACGUGCUGGCGGAGAAGGGCGCGGCGGCGGGGGCGGGGGCGGGCGUGGGCGCGGCGGGCGGCGGCGGCGGGGGCGAGGCGCAGGUGGUGCCCGUGGAGUACCCGGACGCGCGCGCCACCAAGCACGCGUUCAAGAAGCUGCUGCGCGCCGCCGCGCCCUCCGCCCCGCCGGCGCACGACCACCCCGGCUUCCACAGGCUUGUUGAGGAGUCCGGGUGGCUGUGGCAAUUGCGGCAGCUGUUCCAGCUCUCCGGAGCGGUGGUGGACCUGUUGGACCUCCAGGGCUCCUCCGUGCUGCUGUCGCUGGAAGACGGCUGGGAUGUCACCGCGCAGAUCUCGUCGCUGGCGCAGAUGUGCCUGGAGCCGUACUACCGCACGCUGGACGGGUUCCGCAUCCUGGUGGAGAAGGAGUGGCUGGCGCUGGGGCACAAGUUCCAGCAGCGCUGCAACCUCGCCGCGGCGCCGCAGCACGGCUUCACGCCCACCUUCCUCAUGUUCCUCGACGCCGUCCACCAGCUGGUGAAGCAGUUCCCGCUGGCGUUCGAGUUCAACGAGUACUACCUGCGGUUCGUGGCGCACCACAGCGUGUCGUGCCGCUUCCGCAGCUUCCUCUUCGACAGCGAGGCGCAGCGCGCGGAGCUCGGCCUCGCCGCGGCCGACGAGCGCCGCCCGGACUCCAGCCGCCUGGGGGUGGAGACGGGCGCCAGCGAGGAGGAGUCCGGCGGCAGGGCGGCCGCCCACGGCGUGUCCCUCUUCGACUACGCAGACCGGCUGCAUCAGCGAGUGCCCAUCUUCUACAACUUCCUCUACACGCCGGACUUGGACAAUCCGGUGCUGCGGCCGGUGUCGGCGAUCAACUGCCUGGAGGUGUGGGAGUACUACGUGAGUGAGGAGCUGUCCCACGGAACGCCCUACGACCUGGAGCUGCUGCCACAGGAGCCGGAGCCAAAGGCGGCGCGCAGGGUCGUCACCGCCGGGUACGACAGCAUAGCGCGCAGCAUGCCCGACGCGUUCAGCGGGCUGCUGGAGCGCAUCAGACAGCUGGAGCUGGAGCUGGGCCACCUGCCGCAGAAGUGGCGCGUGCGCUGGGACCAGCUCGAACUGCCCAACACGCUGGAGCUGCAGCGCAACGCGUCAAUGUGCAGCGGCGUGGUGCGGCGCGCGACGGCGGCCGCGCACCGGCGCAGCACGCUGGAGGUGCUGGUGCGCGGGCUGGCGGCGGCGCCCCACGCGCCCCACGCCGCCCACGCCGCCCACGCCGCGCCCGCCCACCGCUGGGCGCCCGCCGCCGCCGCCGCGCCCGCGCGCUGCGACCACUGCGCGGACCUCCUGUGGGGCCCCCUCGAGACGGGCGUGCGGUGCGUGGACUGCGGCGCGGCGUGCCACGAGCGCUGCGCGGAGCCGUUCGCGCUGCCCUGCACCAAGUACAAGGCGCCGCCGCCCGACCGCGACCGCGACCACCGCACCAACGUCUCCAACAGUGUCGCGACACUGCAGUCUUCGUCGCAGCAGUACUACGAGCAGUUCUCGUCCAACGUGGCCGAGAAUCGAACCCACGAGGGCCACCUGUACAAGCGGGGCGCCCUGCUCAAGGGCUGGAAGCAGCGGUGGUUCGUGCUGGACUCUAUCAAGCACCAGUUGAGGUACUACGACGCGAUGGAGGAUUCGCAUUGCAAAGGAUUCAUCGAUUUGGCCGAAGUGAUAGCGGUGUCGCAGGCGCCGCCAGCGCCCGGGCCCCCCAAGAAAUGCGACGAGCGCUCCUUCUUCGACUUGAGAACGAGUCGGCGAACGUACAACUUCUGCGCGAGCGACGCGAGUGCCGCCCAAGAGUGGAUCGAGAAGCUGCAGGCGUGCUUGCAG